UCGUAGUUUAAAGGUUAAGAACGCAUUAUUAGAGUCCCAAGCGUACGGUUGAGUAGUGCAACUUGCCGUUGUCUCGCAAUAAAGUUACACUUUAUUGCGUGAUUCGAGACUCUUAAUAAUACUUGCAUGUAUUUGCACCAGUGAAGAUAUAGUCACGCGGAAUAUUUGUCAGUCAGACUAUUCGCUGAUAUCUGCUAUACGUAUGAUCAUCUGAUUUAUUGUAAAUCGUGAUGCUCCGAGACGAAAACAAAUAAUUAGCUGUUCGUGAUCUUUCUCGAACAGUGUAACACGCAUUACAAAGCGUGUAUUGUAGACAAAUAUAUCGUUAGGGAGUAAUACUCCUACUAUUCCCGGUUUAACACGCAUUUACGUAUCAUUAUACAAUAAACACGAUACUUUACCUAAUUAAACGAGAGCGAAUAGAGGUUAGCGUCUGGCAAACAGUUCAAGGAUUUGUAUUGUGUGACGAAGUGUUUUGAAACGUUUCUGUCAUACAUCCUUUUUUUCACAAGACUUGUGCCAAAAACGUAUAUGUUACACAACUGAUGCUUUUGUGAAAUUCAUUGCACGUCACAACGUACACUAGAAGACUCAAGCACAUUCUGUCGAGUUCUCUGGUUCCAAAUGACAAAUGCAAUGGGAGGAGCAAAUCUCCAUACACCUCCAUCUAUAUUUCAACAUAUGAUGGGCCAGCAAAAUACCUCACAACAACCAGGGACAUGGAUGCAAAUGCCACAAGUGCCUCCAAUGUCUAUACCAUGGAGUGUGCCAUCCCUCCAACAACCAGAAUUAGUCAGAUUUACCGGGGGACCAAGUUUUGAACCAGUUCUCCAUCAGAAAAGAAAACUUGAGGCCUGUGAUCUGCUAGAUAUGAGGCAAACAAAGCAGUUUAUAACAGAAGAAAAGAUGGCUGCACAUUUUAAAGGUUUGCACAUUAGUCCCAAUUAUCAACAACAAUCUCCAGUACCAUCGACUUCAACAGCCAACUCGCAACCAGUUACUCCUAGGAAGUUAAAUAUGGAAUUGGAAAUGGAUGUAACUAAUGUAAUAGUAGAUCAAAUCAAAACUGGACCCAGAUUAAUUCUGUCAGAAGAACUAAAAAGGAUCCAACAGGAACCUAUUCUUCCAAAUUCCUUGUUAUCCAAACUGGAGAAGCCCUCCAUGGCUUUAGUCCUUUGGGAACCGCCAAGCAAACAUCUUCGUAUGUUACCAACGAGGGAUACACCAACACCAAUUCCAGUUGCGACUGACAACAAUAAUAACAGCAGUGACAACAAUAACAACAGUGAUGAUAAUAAUAAUGCAGAUAUUAAUAAUUUAAAUCAAACGAUACCAAGUAGUUCAUCAAUUUUCGAGCCAAUGGAAUUAUGAAAUUAAUUCGUUAGUAAAUUACUUUUACAUUUUCGUAUAUGGUUAACAAACAAAAAAUGCGAUUUCGUGUUUUAUUAUGUAUGAAAAUUGGAAGGAAAAAAAUCAUACUCUAUAUUUUUUAUCUGACACUACAAGUUUGUCUAAAGUAAAUGAGUAUAAAGUUCUUAAAUGAAAGUUAGGUAGUUAUUGGAAAUAUACUUACCGAUUACAGUAGGAAAUGCAAAUGUGAAAAUGCCAAGUUCCUUUUGUAUAUUAAAUUUGAUUUGUCUGCAAAACUUGAUGAAAAGAGAAAAUAGAAAAAAAGGGUGUUUACAAUAAAUACCUUCAUGGGUUUAAUGUGGAACUCAGUAUUGUAGUUAUUAUUAAUACAGCAUAAUUGCAUGGUUGUUUAAGAACUACCAAUAUCUUUCGUUAUUAUCUAUUCUUUUGUAUGCGACAUGUUUUAUUUGAUUGCGAUUAAAAUUAUAAGUAUGUGAUAUUCAUAAAAGAAAAAAAAAGAAAAAAAAAAGAAAAAAAAUAUAUAAAAGAAUAGUAGAAUGCGUAAGAGCAGCGAGAAAAUGAGAAAAAAAAAAUGAAACAAAAUAGUUUUAUUUCUACACUAUGUGUAACAAUUAAUGAUAAGACUAUUGUGAUAUAUCGAUCGUUUGUCAUAUGAAUGAAUUCGCUAUGUUUCUGGAUGUAUGAUAAUUUUGCAUAAAAAUAUGACAACGUUUCAUUAA